AUGCGCAAGACACCGCGAAGUGAAUCCGGGAGCAAGGACGAACCGUUGGACCUUUCCCCCUCGAAACCGCGCAGGAGAGGCAAGGCCGUUGAGGACACCCACAAAGUUUCUAAUACGGAAACAUGGCCCGAUAUCUUCCAGCUUGCUACUCUUCAAGCAUGCAUUGUCGACAACAACACUUCUUUGGAAGCACUUACUCGGAAGCUCAAUGACCUCGUCCACGAUGAUGAUGUCUCGCCCCUGAGACGUGAAAUCUCUGAAAGGCAAGACCGAAUAGGGGAUUUGAGGAAGGACCAGCACUCGGUUCUGAAUUUGUGUUCGCAAAGUGGGUGCUUCUCCGAGCCGCAUAAGGCGCUCCCAGCUGACGAAUUGUUAGAGCAACUCGAAAUCCAGGAACGGCGCGCGGAACUGAAUCAGAGAAGAGAGCUGUUGCUGUUGGCAAGGGAAGAGGUGGAACGGUUGGAUUUACUACAGCAGAGCCAAGCCAAAGAAAUCACCUGGGAAAGGUCCAAACUUGAUACCCUUCGCUCCAAUCUUGCUUCUGUUCGUGCGGGCCUUGUGUCUGUACUGGCGGAUAUCUUCCCUGUUGAUCUGCUAUCCCCACCUGACCUGCUGUUUACCAUCCUUGAUGUACCACUACCGAUCCCCGUCUCGAGCAACGAUCCCGCACCGCCCCUAACCCUUCCUGAUUACAAGCAAGUCAACGAGGACGCCAUUGCCGCUGCGCUGGGUUAUGUAGCCGAAGUUCUGCAAUUGCUCUCUGCGUACCUGGGAAUAGGCCUUCUGUAUCCAGUGACGUGCAUCGGGAGUCGAAGUCUGAUAAAAGACGGCAUCUCUUCGAUGGUCGGACCAAGGACGUUCCCCCUGUAUUCCAAGGGCGUCGACACGUAUAGAUUCGAGUAUGGUGUUUUCCUUUUGAACAAAAAUAUAGAACUACUAAUGGCAGAAAAAGAUUUACGUGCCCUUGACAUGCGACAUACACUACCUAAUUUGAAGAAUCUUUUGCUUAUUCUAAGCCAUGAUACCAGUGGACGAUCCGAGUUGCGGUAUGUCAAUUCUCGAGAAGGGCUUCAUUUCGCUUACUCGUAUGACAGGAAACGUAAAGUACCAGACACUCCGACAUCUUCAAUCCUCGAGCUGGACCCAUCAUCGAGCGGGCCAAGGAGUGAAUCGAGGGAGGCGGCCAGCACGCCGAAGCCGUGCAAAGUUGGCGAAGAGGCGCAAACGCCUCCGAGAAGCGGAGCAACCACGCCAACGCCCGGCGGCAACGCCGAGGAUUCCAGAAAGUCGCGGUCAUUCUUGGGGCUGACACCUCUUGCAGGGUUCCUUCGGAGUCGGUAUCCGUCUGCAGUGCGAGGGUCGCCGAAAGAGACAUCAGAAGACGACGGGGACGAGGAGGAAGAGGACAGGCGGACAAUCCAUGGGGUGGCGCGUGACGAGAACGGGAGUGCCAAUGAUGCGACGGAUGCCACCGCCAGUGCAGUGAAUGGUCCACAGAAUGCCGCACUUGUGGACCCAAGCUAUGACCAGAAGCGACCCGAUGGUUUAGAGCCGAACAUUGGGGAUGUCGAAGUUUCGCGAGAGGUGGUAGGGGGUUGA